AUGGCGGCGAGGAGCGACAACGAGUCGGACGGCGACGUGGGCACCAACCCCGCCGAGGGGGGCUCGUCCCUGUCCCUGCCGCCUCUAGCUGCCGGUCCGGCCGUAUGCGUCCUCCGGUCCGCCGGGGACUUCGCCGGCGGCGCCUUCGUCGGAUCUAUCUUUGGAUAUGGACAAGGUUUGCUAUCUAAGAAGGGCUUGAAGGGCUCACUCGGGAAUGCAGGGUCUUCUGCCAAAAGUUUUGCAGUUCUUUCUGGCGUCCAGAGUUUGGUUUUGUGCUUGUUGAGGAAGCUACGUGGGAAAGAUGAUAUCAUCAAUUCCGGCAUUGCUGGUUGUUGCACAGGUCUUGCUUUGAGUUUUCCAGGUACACCACAAGCGCUGCUUCAGAACUGCGCCACCUUCGCAGCAUUCUCAUGCAUCAUGGAGGGGCUCAACAAGCAGCAGACCGCGAUGGCACACACCCUCACUGGGAACGCCUUGACCUUCGCGCACAACAAUGGCGCGGGCGUCCUCCCCCCCUUCACUCUCCCCCCAAUCCUCGACGCUUCCGAUGCUUUUGCCUCAUGCUGCCAGGCCUUGGUCGCCAAGCCUAAGAAGCACUAG